CGAGGGGAUAUUUGUUGUUAAGGUUGGCAUCCCUGCCCUCGCUUGACAACUCGAUUGACGUCUAUGGUUGACAUUCUUUCGAUUCAUCUGCCAGUUCAAUCACAGGGAAGAUCGCUGGUAAACAAUGGGUCGUGUGAUAAGAGCCCAGCGUAAAGGUGCUGGUUCAGUCUUCAAGUCGCACACCAAAAAAAGGAAAGGAGCGCCCAAAUUGCGUUAUUUGGACUUUUCCGAACGGCAUGGGUACAUCAAGGGUGUCGUGAAAGACAUCAUCCACGAUCCAGGUCGAGGAGCGCCUUUGGCUACCGUCCACUUCAGGGAUCCUUACAAGUUCAAAACGCGUAAGGAGUUGUUCAUUGCCCCCGAAGGACUUUACACUGGCCAAUUCGUGUACUGUGGCAAGAAGGCCAGCCUCCAAAUCGGCAAUGUGUUGCCCAUUGGAACCAUGCCAGAAGGUACCAUCGUGUGCAACCUGGAGGAAAAGACUGGGGACAGAGGCCGACUGGCUCGCGCCUCCGGUAAUUACGCCACAGUCAUCGCUCACAACCAUGACACGAAAAAAACCAGAGUCAAGUUGCCGUCUGGAGCCAAGAAAGUUGUUCCCUCCAACAACAGAGCCAUGGUCGGAAUUGUCGCCGGCGGUGGAAGGAUCGACAAGCCCAUCCUGAAGGCAGGCAGGGCUUACCACAAGUACAAAGUGAAGAGGAACUGCUGGCCGAAGGUUCGUGGUGUGGCGAUGAACCCCGUUGAACAUCCCCACGGUGGUGGUAACCAUCAACAUAUAGGAAAAGCCUCAACCGUCAAACGAGGAACAUCUGCGGGACGAAAGGUCGGUCUCAUUGCCGCCCGAAGAACUGGACGUAUUCGAGGAGGUAAAGUGGAUAACAAAAAGGACGACUAGAUUUGUCGUCUUUGAAAUAAACCAUGUUCUUUAAGA